UGCGGUGAGUGAUAUUCGCUAACUGUCUAGAGUUAUAGUGUUUAGCUAGAGCAUGCUAGUGUUUGUUCUCCACACACCUGCCUAUCCCCUGACCUGUAAUUGGGACAUGUCCCAGGUGGCAUCUCAGAGCGACAGGUGAAGGGUCACUUCCUCACUCAUUAGAGUCAGAAUGAAUAUUUUAUAAUCUGACGUCAGGGCGAGUAUAAAGAGUCACAGCGCUGCAGACUGAACCGCAGUUUCACCACACACACCUUCAUCACCAUGACCAGCGCCUGCUUCAUCCUUAUCAGUGCCACCUUCUGUCUGUCUGCUGUUCUCUCCUGUUGUGACGAGUCGCUCGAGCAGCGUUCUGUACACACACACAUCAUCAAAACCCAACAGGAGAAAUACCUGAUCGAGGCUCUGCAGGCAGUUCUUGAGAAAUUAAAGAACAAACAGCUUCCAAACACCACCAAGAAGUUCAGCCAGCUUCCCUCUUGUGAUGCGGGUGAGCAGUGUGCAGCACGUAAGGGGGCGAGGGUGGGCAAAUUGUGCGGCUGCCCCCCCGGGACCACCUGCGACUUCUUUAUCAUGAAGUGCCUCUGAGAAAAAAGCCCUAACCAUCAAGUGUACUUCUGUUCUGUUUUCCUCAAUGUGAAGUGUUCCCUUAAAGAAAUAUAUUCCAUUAACAAGCGAAGUGUACACUCCUGUAGUGUUUGUUUUACAGUGUACACUCCUGUAGUGUUUGUUUUACAGUGUACACUCAUGUAGUGUUUUACAGUGUAC